AUGCCACAAUACCACCACCCCGGAGGCACCGUCUCCUACCCAGACGCAAAAUCCCUCUACCCCUCCGUCCCCAGAGUCAGUUUCGGCCGCGCUGUCGCCAUCGGUCUCUCCGCCGGCUUCCUCGGUGCCCUCGUCAUGUCCGGCACCAACAAACUCGAACAACUCAUCACCCACCGCCCCAACUCCUACGUUCCAGCCCGCACAAUCGGCAACCACCUGGGCGUCAGCGCCUCCUUCUACCAACGCAACACCGACCUGCUCAACCACGUGCACCACUUCGGCAUGGGCAUCCUGGCCGGGCCCGUAAGGGCGAUAAUGUCGUAUUACGGGGUGAUUGGCCCGUUUGCGGCGUUUGUACACACGGGGGUAAGGAUGAUGAUGGAUCAGGGUGUGGAGUUGGCGGCGGGGACGAGCGCGGUGCCGUGGAGCUGGCCGAUUAACGAACAGGUGGUUGAUGUGCUGCACAAGGGGGCUUAUGCGCUGGUUACGGGGUAUGUGUGUGAUCGGUUGGUUAGGGGGGUGGAUUGGUUUGGUGGGGAGUGA